AUGGCAAUUACGGCCAAAAUCAUACUAUUAAGGAUCGUCUCUGUGAUGCAGUGUUUGAUUGCAUGGUUUUUAGUCGUGCUUGGAAUCGUGGAGAGAGUGCGUGUGAGAUGGGCAUACACCGGAGUGGGUAUGCCUAUUUGGAUUGGCAUCUGGGUAAGCGGUAGACUAAACAGCUAAUCUUUAAUUGUGCACUGAGAUAGCGUAAAUCACAACUGAAUGCAGAUAACAGUGGUUGUGAAAAAUGAUUGUUACUUUUACGUGAUUUUGAGUAGACAUAUCUUAUAAAAUGCCUUAACGGGCAACAAAUUCAACAGGGAUACACUCGACCUGAAUAUAUUAAAGGUGUUUAAGAACUCCCACAUUUUCCCUCCACUGUAUAUAAACUGUACCGUACAACUGUCACGGCAAAACCAAAAACCUCACGGCAAAACCAAAGACUUCACGGCAAAACCAAAUACUGUGAAAAAAAGCAAAAACCCACGGCAAAACUAAAGCUAUUUUGUUUUUGCUGUGAAGUAUUUGGUUUUGCCGUGAGGUUUUUGGUUUUGCCGUGAGGUAUUUUGUUUUUGCCGUGAGGUUUUUGGUUUUGCCGUGAGGUAUUUUGUUUUUGCCGCGAGGUUUUUGGUUUUGCCGUGACGUAUUUUGUUUUUGCCGUGAGGUUUUUGGUUUUGCCGUGACAGUUGUAGGCCACCAUAGUACAGAGUCAUAUUUCGUCUGGUACAUAGAAGCUAAGUCAACAAGCGUUAUAACGCACCUUUCAUACAAUAAAUUUUGCAAAUCCAAGAUAGAGUUCUCCUUGUUGUAGCAAUAUGUAAAAAGUUCUCGAAGGUUUCAUGCCAGUGAAGAUGGACAGCCUGUCACUCCCUCCAGUUUAUACUUACAAUGGAGGACAAAAUUCUUAGGACAAUAAACACGAUCUGCCCUAACUUUUCCCCCUUUCCCCCUUGCCCCCAAGCAAUGUUGUAGUUUGUGCACCCCUGUACACUUUACCCUGUCCUAAAAGUGUUUCUUUAUCCCAACAUUGUUUGGAGGGGGGAGGGGAGGGCCAUUCACGGUAUCCAAAUGGUUAGAGAAGUGCAUAUUAUGCCACAUCUGAAUAUUUGAUAAGUUAAGUAUGUGGAAGGAGAAACGGAAACGUCUUUAUUUCACUUCACUGAAGCCAGUGUUACUCCAGUUGGUGAUCAAAGCAAAGUAGAUCUCUCUGCUCUCUUUUUCUUUUAGUCGAAUUGAAAUACGGUAUGCUCACAUUGCAUUUCGUAGCAAAUUCUCCCCUCCAUGUUGACUUUCAGAUGCAUUCAAACAAAGAAACAUCUGUGAUGUGAACUUGAAGUGUUGACAAUGACAGUUUAAUUGCUGGAGGGCAUAUUAGCAGAAUGUCUCCAGGCUCCACUGCCCUUUUCCCUUCCUAGACUCCUGCUCAGCUCACCUCCAUGUCAAUUUAUUUCACCUUUUAAUUCCCACCACUGGGGUGCCUGGUCCCAGGCUACUGAUAAAGGCAGGCCCGGAGACUUGUGAAAAAAAAUUUGGAGAUUCUACAAAAUAUAGAGGGGGACAUUGGGGCGUACCCAACACUGCAAUAUCGUAAGAAAAAAUUGGCAGUUAAAAUUAAUACCAAAAUACCAUGUCGAAAAUCGAUGAAGUACUGUACCUAUACCCCAUUUGCAGGGUUCUCAAUAGAAAAUCGAUUUAUGUUUAAGUACACCUGUUUGCUGAAGAGCCUCCUACUUUAUCAGUGAUCACCUCCUACUUAAAAAUCUAUUGAGAACCCUGCAUUUGUGAUCGGUCACCCUUACUUAACAAUCAUUGUUCACUUAGCACUGUUUGCGAGUUUCAUAUGCACGUGCACAACUUGAUCAAGAAAAUAAUUUGCAUUCAAAAGGACCCCCGAUUACUUUCCGGAGAAAUCUCUGAUAUAGGCCAACAUAGCAAAAAUGGUGAAGACAAUGUGUGUAGCACCACAUCUCAUCAUGAAGGGUGCCGACAUAAAAUCUGUGCAAUAUUUUAUUUGCAUUUACACGUGUUUUUCCCAAUACACGUACUGUUCUCGUUCACCAUCUUGUAAUUUGCACAGGGACCCUUCAACAUGACCGGAAAGUAAUCGAGGGUUGUUUAGCCAAAAGGAUGAAAAACUGCAUACAGCAGGGCUAGAUGAUACUCCAAUACUGCUCAUUGAAAUCAAACUUACCGAAAUUCUGCGUAAAAAAAAGCUCAAUACUGCAAUACCAUAAACCCCGAUUUUCCCCUCAAUAAUAGUGGGAUUAUAAUUAUAUUUUUUUGCCCGAUCAAGAUUAAACGAACCGUCUUUCUGUUGAGGGGCGGUGGGGGAGGGAGGAUGAAGUAUGUAUUACCGGGUAAAUAUUACCUUGCUUAUUAUUUGUGAUCCAGUUUUUCAGUUUUUCAUUUUUUUAAAAAACUCUAUUUUAGUCAAACAUCUUUAGCUGAUGUGAAUGGAAGGAUCAGGAAGCCAUGUCCUUCUCAGUCUUUAACCAUCCUUUAUGCACUUUUCUUUGUCAAAGUGCUGUCGCAGUUUCAACUUAUUAUUGUGUCAUUUUUCCCAUUUCUUCUGUCCUUCUGUUUCAAGGCCAUAUCCCUUUUUGAAAUUUUACUGGAUCACCCUUUUACAAAAACAUGUACAACAGCACUGUACUUUAAUGUUCAUCAGUAUGAAAUGAUCAGUCAUUUUUCUCUGUGUAGUAGAUUUCUAAUCACUAUCCUUGUUUGGUACUUUCUUACAGGUCGGCAUCACUAGUGCUUUUGGUCUUUUCAUUACUUUUAAAAGGGUUCAGAAAAUGUCAGAUGGUUCAGUUAUUCCUGAACAUUUGGUGAGGUUCAAUAUUUUUAUUUUUAAGGCCUGGUUCAAAUCUUGAGGUUAACAUGUAUAUAUGCACUUUUGUAAGUCUAGUGAUUAUUGAUAUUAUUAAAUAAAAUAUUAUUAUUAUUGUUAUUAUUAAUAUAAUUAUGACAUUCAGCACAUGUUAAGUUUGAUGCUUGAAUCGUAAGAGUCAACAGUUUUCUCUUUGGUUUGAACCCACUUUUUGUCAACCGAGACUGUCAACAAGAAAAGCAAUAUGAAAGGUUGUCUUUAUGUAUUUCCAAUAUAUGAUAAUCAGUGCUGAAUCAUUCUAAUGCAUAAGUUAUAAAACGUCAACCUCUUUUCCCCACUUGCUGAUGACUGGCUAUGUCACAUUCUACCAGCGGAAUCAGAAAUAUAGGCCCUGUGUAGCUUGGCUGGGGCCCGGGAGGAGGGGGUGGGGAGUACUUUUGAUUUCAAGUGUUGGGGAUGAUCAAAGAAUUUUCGGGGGUUUGAAAUUUUCAAUCCUGGGAUUUUUUUGUGUAGGAAAAUUUGGCAAGUAUUUUUUUGGGUGGAUUGAUUUAAGCAGGGAUUUUUUUGGUUAUCAAAACAAUCUGAAGAUCCAUGGUAGUGCUAGCGUUUCCCAGUCAGUAAGCCAGUACAAAAUGUGCAAUGAGAAUGACAACGAAGUGGCAUGGAGUGACAUGAUAAUUUCGUGUUAUAUCAUUAAUUUAAUGCUUUCUGGAAAUAUUUUUUAAGGCUUCUAAAAUCGGCAUGGGAUUUUUUAGGGUUUAUUUAAUUGGGUCUACGGAUUUUUUUGAGUUUUGUUGGAAACCUUAGAAUUUUUUGGGUUAUGAUUUUUGUCUCCAUUCAACCCAACCCCCUCACCCAGGGCCAGUGUCAUUUCAUCUAUCUCAUGUGCCAAAUUAAAGGGAUACAACCCUAAAACUACUAGAAAUUAUUGGAAGAGCAUAAAAAUUAAUACCGUCAGGCCUUAGAACACACCCACUUCCAAAUAAAUGCCUCUUACACGUAUCUAAUAAACGCCCCCUCUACUCUGUUAAAACUGUAUUAGAUGCCAAACUCUAAUAAACACCACCUGUCUGUCAGAUGCCCCCUAUGAGAAUUACUCCAAAAUACCAGGAGUUAGAAAAGAAGGACAAAAUCAUUCAAUUCAUUCAGUUUCUUGCUUGGUUAACAAGGCUUUGCGUAUUUCGUCUUGUUCAAUGUCAAGUUCAAGGGAAGGAUAGACUAACGAUAGCAACACAACAACCCAGAGCAACGGUUCUGGCAUUGAUGUUGGGAUUUGAAAGAGCGAUGUAGAUCUCUAGAUGGUCUAGAUGUGUCAAUAAUUAAUGAAGUGGAUAUUCCGCUACUUUUAAACUCUCUUUUUUUUUUCCAAAAGCAUAUAUUUAUUUAAUUUUGUUUAGCUUGUAUCAGUUUUGUAUGGUGGCCCACAACUGUCACGGCAAAACCAAGAACCUCACAGCAAAAACAAAACAUCAUGGCAAAACCAAAAACCUCACGGCAAAACCAAAAACCUCAAGGCAAAACCAAAAACCUCAAGGCAAAAACAAAAUACCUUACGGCAAAACCAAAAACCUCAAGGCAAAACCAAAUACUUCACAGCGAAAACAAAAUAGCUGUGGUGUUGCCAUGGGUAUUUGCUUUUGCCGUGAGGUAGUUGGUUUUUGCUGUGAAGUAUUUGGUUUUGCCAUGAGGUCUUUGGUUUUACCGUGAGGUUUUUAGUUUUGCCGUGAGGUUUUUAGUUUUGCCGUGAGGUUUUUGGUUUGGCCGUGAGGUUUUUGGUUUUGCUGUGAGGUUUUUGGUUUUGUCAUGAGGUAUUUUGUUUUUGCAGUGAGGUUUUUGGUUUUGCUGUGACAGUUGUGGGCCACCAUAGUUUUGAGAAUAAACACAUCUCUCUUUUAAUGCCUCCUAUCAAUGAAAUGCCCCUAAAAUUAAAUAGAUGCCCCAUGCAGUUAUUACAUGUAGGUCAUUUAUAGUAACUGAAUAGUGGGUCUACUAUUGCGUGGAUGAUAAUUUCUACAAAAUGAUGUAUUUCAGAGCAAAAUACAUGUUGUAGUUAAUUUUUCUUUAUCUCAGGUAAUUUUUGUUUUUCUUUUGCUUUUGGGUAUGGUAACAUAUGAUAAUGACGUUGAAACAAAGGAAAAAUAUAAAUUACCCGAGAUAAAAAAAAGAAAUAACUACAACAUACAUAUGUUUGAAGAGGGCAGACUGCAAUGAUGUUUAAUUGCUGUUGUUUGAAAUACAGUCUGCACCUGUCCUUUUAAAGUCAUAACUGUUCACUUGUAGGAUGCCUAAAGUGUUUACAAUUCCGGAAUUGGUUUUGGCCAUUAAAUCCUACAUACCAAUAUGAGUGAUUUUUAUAAGCUCAAUAUGUUUGCUUUAUCUUCCUGCAGGUCAUGACAUUCAUGGGUUUUUCUUUGACAUGUUGUGUGAUGUCUGCGACCCACCUCUUCGCUCACUCAUUUGAACUCGGCCUCGCUGUGACAAAACUGUUCAGGAGCCCUCGAGAGGAUAAUUCUGGCUCAUAUGGUUUUGUUGCUAUUGAUUUCACUGAUAGACACUCUGAGGAACAUGGACUUGUGAGCUCUAUAUUUGGAUUAAUGGUUGUGGAGUUGUUGAUUGCCACUUGGUCAGUCAUGAUUUGUCUCAUUAGUGACCAUCACAAGUCACGUGAGGAUGAACCAGUGAGUUUCUAUGAUGUGACAGACUGUUUUCUCUAUUGGGCCCCUCAAUUGCAUGUUUCAGUACCCAGGGGAAUCUAGUUUCUAAGCUACAGCCAAUUAAAAUGAGUCAUUUAUGAAAGGGGGUAUACAGGCGCACUGGAUUUUCAGGGUGGUUUUGCUUGUACUGUCGGUUGCAUGGGGGCACACCAGACGUUAAGUGGGUUAAUCUGCGUAAGUUACACGAGAAGCUUUCAUUAAGUUUACAUGUAGCAGAGUGGUGGGGUGAGGGUGACAUGUACUCUCAAUGCGCCCUACAGCUGGGAACAUUAAUUUAUUUUCACAAUGAGAGACUUUUAAGAAGGUCACAAAGAUCAAAUUUAGUGCUGAAUCUACUUUGAAACAUUUAUUUCGUAAAAUUAUAUUUAUUUUGCUUCAUAAUAAGAUACCGUGAAUCUAAACCCCUUGUAAACCCCAUUAAAACCGGUUAAAAACCCUGAAAUAAAUUUUAUUUUUGUCCUCAAAUUAAAACAAAGCAAAAAUGGUAUUUAAUCGAUUUUGAAACGCAAAUUUUUUAAGCCCCCGAAUAUAAGCCCAAAUAAUAAGAUACAUUUUGCAUUUUUGCCGGCACUAAAAAAUUUGCAAUAAAACUUAUAAUUUUUGUUCUGUAAUGAUGGGGAACAGAAAGUCAAACUAUUUGUAUCCCUUUAAGCCUCAAUAUUUUCACAAACAAAUUCCCCAUAAUUUUGUUGAUCUUCAUCUUUAAUUCUCUUAAAUAAUUAGUUGAGCGAAUUUGAUAAAAGAAGCAUUUUCCCGUAGGUGAUCAUUGUAUAAACUCUCUUAACCUGUUCUCCUGAUUAUGUAGUGAUAUCGUGAAGAGAGAAUUGAUCUUGGUCACUAUUCGGACAUAAAGGGUUAUUAUUAUGUAUAUUUAUUGGCCUCUCUUUUUUGUAAUUUUUUCUACUGUUCAAUAAUCAUGCACUGUGUCUUUCUAGUGUGAAACUCCAUUGAUGCUUACUCCAACAUCCCAAGAACCAGGAGGAAAAAGCGUGGCCAGUAGGUUUGGGUAUUCAGCCGCAAAUGCUUAAAGACAAUAGAGAAGUACUACUUGUACAUGUUGAUGUAUGUGUGAGAUUGAAGUGAAGUGUACCUAGCAACUAUUGCAGGGGUUGUGUUAUAUAUCACAUGUGAAUUAUUCUCUGGUAUUCUUUAGUUAGAUGUUGGUGAAUACCGCUUUUGAUGUAUACUGUACCUUUGUAAAGGGGCUACAGUACAUGUGUAUAUCACAAGGAUGUUGCUGUUGUAGGUCGAUUCAUAGCUGUAGGUUAAUUUAGGCAGGGGGUUAUGCUGAGAGGGGAGGCACUCCCUUACAGUAUGUGGCUGUAUGUGCUGCUGAACAGGGCGUGGUUUUCAGGGUAUUGAGUCUCUAACAGGGUAUACAAUGUACAAUUUCACCAUUUAGUAUAAAAAAGGAGCAUGUGUGGUACCCACUUUUUUUUUUUUCAAAAAGUUAUUGGUUCACUAUAUAAACUUUGGCUACAUGCUCCAGCGCUCGCUUUGCGAGGGAAAACUUUUUAAUUCUGUUUGCAAAACAGAAUUAAUCAGGGUCAUAAAAUUAGGUCUCUUUCUUAAACAGGGUGGGAAAGUGAACUAUUUUUGUCUUAAACAGCUUCAGCAGGGUUUGAAGGCCUUCGCCGCACAUCUGUACCCACACUUUCCCUGAGUGUUCCUCCCCUUUUGGGGGGAGGAGGAAGAGGGGGGUCACCCCGACUGACCUGCAUCUACAAAACAGCCCACGGGAAUUGCAGCAUUUACACGCGUGUAAAUUGCGUGCAAUAUGGCGGAUUUACGCGCAAAAUGCACGUGAAAAACAGGCGUGUAAAAUUAGACAAAGCUUAAGUUACACGCAAUAUGCGUGUAUUUGUCAUAGAGAAAUUUCCUCUCCAUUACUUUUACAUACAAGCUGCGUUUAUUUUUUAAAGGCAGAUUUAAAAGAAGUCGUAAAAUGCUGAUCGAUCAUAGUCUCUUCACAUUCAAAUUUCAGUAUGAACUGCAUGUAUUGGUCUGUUUGUUUGAUAGUGGAUUAUUCAAAGUAGAUAAUAGAUUUUGUAGUUCACAACAUGUUCUGUAUAUUUCUUCCUGACAUCGUUCUUAGCAGACGGUGUUCAAAUAGCAGGGUUGGCCCAAAUGAAUGUGGUUUAGAACGCAGCUGACCAUUGAAUCUGGUCAUUUUAAUAAACCGCUCAUAAAGCUCGCAGCGCAUCAAAAAAAAAAAGAAAGUCUAUUAAAGCUUUGGUUAUUUACGUAAAAAAAGGCUUCAUAAUUAGGUCUUAUGCCCACCUUCCUGGAUUUCGGAAAUACUAACAGUACGCCGAAAUUCAUCCUACUCAAAACAUCAACAAGUUGGUUAUAAAAGUGAGCUAUAUAAAAUGUAGGAGUAAUGGCUUCAUGAAUCGACCCUGCAUUCAUUAUAUGCCACUGAAAAAGGGGGUAGGCAAGAAAGUUAAUUGAAUGGUAGACAAGCGAAGAUUUAUAUAUCGUAGAUAAUUAAUGCAUCAACAGCAUUCUUAGUAUAUGAUCCUAUAGUAGUCAUUUUAAUACUGCGCUAAUACUUACUAUACUUUACAUGUACAAACUAAUUAACACUCGUGCAUCCUUGUAUAUUUUUAUUUACGUAACUGUAGUAUCUUAAUCAUGAAAAGGUGAAAAAAGGAGUAAAACGUAAUGAAAAAUAACUUCUGUAACAUAUAAAUCCCUC